AUGAACAUCAAAGUACAGCUUUUGAACUCAUUUGCACAGUUUGAUAUGACGUUAUCAAUUGAUUUUAGGUAUUUCGAUUAAUCGACUGAGCUCAAUAUUUAUAAAAUUACUAUCUUUAUGAAGCAUUUCUUUUACUAUUUCUGGAAUUAUUUCGUAAAUUAGGUGAAAAUUAAGAGUUAUUACCUGUAGAACGCUGAUAUUAACGGAACCACUCAGCAUAAAAACCGAGAUUAAAGUCUAUGCUGUGUGCAGUUACAUAUGUGCAUAUAUAUUUUUUAAACUUCAAAGGCUGGACUUUGCAUAUAAACACGUGUUUAUUUCUAAAAAUAUCAUUUAAUUUUUUCAAUAAAAGAUACAGAUCAGGAAAUAACACGUAUGUAUCUUUUUAGAUAUCAGUUUAUUCGUCCAAGUACAACAGAUGUUACAAGAAUAAAACUGACUAUCUGUUACAUUAUCUUUUUUCCUUUUCUACUAUCCAUAUAAAUAAAUUUUAAAUAAAAAUUACGAACAAAAGCCGUAUAAAACAUACAUAGUUUUACAAAUUUAUUGUAACAGAUUUUUUUUUUCACGCACUUUAUUUCCAUUAUCUCGCUAUUAACUAAUCGACGUUAAUUUUCGAUGUAAAAAUAUAAUCCCUCUGUUUCAAUACAGUUAAAUAUUAUUAAAUAUCAACUGUAUUUAUAAAAUUUUAUUUUCUAAACAAAUGCAACAAUAAAAAUCUUUACUUGUACAGUAACGAUUAGAUAGCAAAGAAAAUUCAUUGUUCUUUUCAAGUCAUAUUAGAUACAUGGCACGUUAAUAUUGUCUAAUACCUGGUCUCAGGUACUGUAAUGAUUGCUGUGAUUGUUAUAACAGUAAUAAAUUAUGUAUAACAAUUGUAUUUUAUUAGUGUAUUACUUUUUCUAUGAACCUUAUUAUAUAACAUUAGGUAGAAUGUUGACCCUUGUUUAAAAUAUAUUUAGCUAAUAAAAUCAAUAUUAUGUAUUUUUAUAUAGACAAUUAACAACAUUAAUGUAACAUUUUUAAUAUUAGAUGUGUAUUAAUAGGAUAGAUUUAAUAUAUGCUGAUAAUAUUGUAAAAACUGAGCAAUUUUUAAAGUAAUCUUAGAUAAAAAAUUUAGUUCAUUUCAAAAUGAAUAUAUUAUUAUGGAAAUAAAUUUCACUUUACUACGUAUCGAAAAUAUAUAAAUUAAUAAAUUAUAAUGUAAAUUAACAAAAGAUUACAAUUUGUAAAAUGUAAUAUUAAAAUAUGAAAAGGAAAUUUGGAAUGAGCAUAUUAUGAUCAAUUAUGAUUGCAAUGCAAUAAUUACAAUCACAAUUAACAUCAAUUUACAAUAUAAUCAUUAAUAUAUAGUAUUUAUUUUAUAGCCAAUUUUAACUGAUUAUUUUAAUAUUUCUUUCACAGAAAGAAUCACUUUUAACUUAUAAUUAUUUUCAAAUAUUGAUAAAUAUUUAUAUUUAUAAUGAAAAUUUUAAUUAUCUUAAUAGUUGUAUUAUGAGAAUGUAUCACAUAUAUGUAAUUUAAUAAAAAUAUUAAGAAAAAUAAGUUUUGCCUGAUAGUAUCCUAAUGUUACUUCGUUUUGCUGAAUGUCUCUUAAGAUUUUAAGAAAGCUUCUGCAUUGAUGCACAUAUGUAUAUUAAAUAUAUAUAUAUAUAUAUAUAUAUAUAGCACAAUGAUGUGCAAUUAGAAUGUAAUAGAUAA